AUUAACCCUUCAGGUCUGGGGGCCGCGCUAUGCCCCGCCCCCUCCCCAGCCCCAGACACGGACCCCGCAGGCCAACUGGCUCCCUGCCCCUGCCCCCGCCCCUUGACAUCCCAGACUCCCUGGCUAUUUAAACAGAGAUGGGUGCCCCCAUCCGCACACUGUCCUUUGGCCACCGGACAUCAUGCCUCCCAAGAAGGAUGUUCCCGUGAAGAAACCAGCAGGGCCCUCCAUCUCCAAACCUGCUGCUAAGCCAGCAGCAGCAGGGGCUCCUCCAGCCAAGACCAAAGCUGAGCCAGCUGUCCCCCAGGCCCCUCAGAAAACCCAGGAGCCUCCAGUCGAUCUCUCCAAAGUGGUGAUCGAGUUUAACAAGGACCAGCUGGAGGAGUUCAAGGAGGCCUUCGAGCUGUUUGACCGAGUGGGGGAUGGCAAGAUCCUGUACAGCCAGUGUGGGGACGUGAUGAGGGCCCUGGGCCAGAACCCCACCAACGCCGAGGUGCUCAAGGUCCUGGGGAACCCCAAGAGUGAUGAGCUGAAGUCCCGGCGUGUGGACUUUGAGACUUUCCUGCCCAUGCUCCAGGCAGUGGCCAAGAACCGAGGCCAAGGCACAUAUGAGGACUACUUGGAGGGGCUUCGUGUGUUUGACAAGGAGGGGAACGGCAAAGUCAUGGGAGCAGAGCUCAGACAUGUUCUCACCACCCUUGGUGAGACAGGCAAGGGGGACCAGAACUCCUUUAGAGUGGAGAGGGGGAUGGGGUGGGCCAGAAAAAAGACUGGACAGAUAAGCAGAGCUAGCAGGAGGAUUACUGUCCUGCAGGUUGUCAGCAGGAGACUGAGAAGGUCAGAGCUAUGGGGGUAGAAUCUGAAGGACUCGCUCUUCCAGAGGCUAAAGUGCCAUCCGGAGGGCAGAGGAAAAGGGAUGAGGCGGGAAACCUGAAUUUUCAUUUUGGAAGAGACGUGUGGGUUGUGUGUUCUGGUACAAGUCUCGUAACCUCCUGGGAUUGUUUCCUUGUGGGUCAAUACUUUCAGCAGUACUAGGGUGAAAUGGAAAGCAAGAGGCAUCCAUGACCAGGGGAGGAUUCCCUUGAGGACUGAGGCUAUGGGAGAAGAAGAGGUACCACUCUAAAGAGCGUGGCCUGGCCGGGUAUGGUGGCUCACGCCUGUAAUCCCAGCAUUUUGGGAGACCAAGGCGGGCGGAUCACCUGAGCUCGGGAGUUCGAGACCGGCCUGGCCAACAUGGUAAAACCCCAUCUCUAUUAGUAAUAUAAAAAUUAGGCGGGCAUGGUGGCACGCACCUAUAGUCCCAGCUACCCAGGAGGCUGAGGCAGGAGAAUCGCUGGAACCCGGGAGUCUGAGGUUGCAGUGAGCCGAGAGAUCACGCCACUGUACUCCAGCCUGGGGGACAGAGCAAGGUUC